AUGUCGAUGUCUCGCUGCGGAUUAUUGUUGCUGUUCGUGGCUGUCUUCCUAGUCCAGCUUCAGUCUUCUAAAUCUCUGAUUAGUUCUCCAAGUUCUAUCAUCAACCCUUCUAAAGUCAAACAGGUUUCCUCAAAACCCAGGGCAUUUGUGUAUGAAGGUUUUCUAACGGAUCUUGAAUGUGAUCAUCUGAUCUCACUUGCGAAAGAGAAUCUGCAGAGAUCUGCGGUUGCUGAUAACGAUAAUGGAGAGAGUCAAGUUAGUGAUGUUAGGACCAGCUCCGGCACGUUUAUCUCCAAAGGAAAGGAUCCUAUUGUUUCUGGUAUAGAGGACAAGCUCUCUACAUGGACAUUUCUCCCAAAAGAAAAUGGAGAAGACCUUCAGGUGUUGAGAUAUGAGCACGGUCAAAAAUAUGACGCUCACUUUGACUACUUCCACGACAAAGUCAACAUCGCCCGUGGUGGACACCGCAUAGCAACGGUUCUCAUGUAUCUUUCCAAUGUCACAAAGGGUGGAGAAACUGUUUUCCCUGAUGCAGUGGAAACAUCUCGCCGCAAGCUUUCUGUAAACAAAGAUGACCUUUCUGAUUGUGCAAAGAAAGGAAUCGCUGUGAAACCGAGGAAAGGAGAUGCGUUGUUGUUCUUCAACCUCCACGAAGACGCAACUCCAGAUACACUGAGCCUUCAUGGAGGUUGUCCUGUGAUUGAAGGAGAGAAAUGGUCAGCUACUAAGUGGAUCCACGUGGACUCAUUCGAUAAGAUUGUGACACAUGACGGUAACUGUACGGAUGUAAACGAGAGCUGUGAAAGGUGGGCAGUGCUUGGAGAAUGCGCAAAGAACCCAGAGUAUAUGGUGGGAACUCCAGAGCUCCCUGGAAACUGCAGGCGUAGCUGUAAAGCUUGUUAA